UCCUUUGCAUAUUGGGCGCCUUGUUCUACACACUCGGCGACGUUUACCAAUCAGGUCGACACAUGCAGCAAACCACGCCUACGCGGCAACUCGUGUCGCGCGCGCCUCAUCAGCAUUGUACUGGCGGCGGAGCAACCAAAAGUUGUCACUAUCCUUUUGCCGCUGCUGCAUGCUCUGCGGACUCUUUCUGUAAUAUUUAACUUGGUUAAUUCAAGCACGUUUGUCUUUGUAGUGGGUAAUAGCGAGCUCGAAAACUGCAUUGAAGAAGCUGCAGAGUUCACCAGCUGAAGCCAACUAGCAUUACUACCUUUAGUUAAGUUGCUGUCGGGCACCCCGUGGGGUUUAAAGUUCAGCUAACAGUAGCGUCACUGGCUACUAGCAGGUAGUUAGCUCUAGUCACAAUGGCAGCUGUGUGUCAGCCACGACGUGCCUUGGUGGAGAUACAUGCUCCACAGCCCAAAAUUGCAGCUCGAAUGAGGAGGUCCUAUCUAGAAAUUCUGAGUGCUCGGUUAGUUCCAUCUCCACUCCCAAGAGGGAGAAACGCAACGACUAACGCAAAGCGUGGGCACUCACUGGACUUGUCCAUUGGUGGGGUCUGGAGUGGGAGGAUAGUGGAGCAAUGUGAGAAGAUGGACGAGCACCACAUCCCUCUCUCCAAACAGCAGCUUGUACAGCUAAUUAGAUCCCUCAUCUUAGUUGAGCAGAGCCAAGAGCCCAGGAUGCUGGCGUCUGACCUGAAGUAUCUUCAAGACGACCUGCAACAAAAGAAAGCCCAUGUUUACCGGUCCAUACCGUACUCGCGGCUCGGCUCCAACAGGGACGCUCACUGCUACAGAAAAGCAUAUCCUCACCUGGUGGUGUUCAAAGUUUCCUGUCAGGAGUGGGGCCACGUUCUCCUGAGGAACAAAGAGUGGGAUGCCGUGUUGGAGCACACGUUGAUGGCGUGGCGCUACACCAGCGAGCUGCCGCAGUGGGAUACAGCGAACCACAACGCUCUCAGAGAACAGUGUUACGGCAUUUUGGCAGCUCACAGCCUCGCCGCUCUCCAGCACCACCACCCUGGACCCGACAGAGGACGCGAGCUGCUCAGAAGGCUAAAUAUGGCUCAGUUGCAAAGCCAGUCAAUUGUGCCGUGUAUUCAGGAGUUGCAGAGGAUUAUGGGAUGUGCUGAUGUCUCCUCCAUGGACACAAAAUAACACGAGACGUACCCUCUGACCAGCUGACGACAGUCAAAAGUGUGCUUUGUAGUUGACCUAAAUAAUUUAUAUGUGGUACAGGGCCAAAAAACAUUUUACGUGUUAGUGUUUGUUUGGAAAAACCACAACAGUAUUUGUCCAAAGGGCAGGGUAGCAACUAAAAAUGUGAAGGUUUGAAAAGGUAACGAAAACCACCGCCUACAUGGUCGAAAAUGCAACAAAUCCUCAAUUUUAAUCACAAUGUGUUUUUCUGUGGACUGGAAAGUAUUGGAGUGCAACAUUUGUAGCAUAGCACACCUCAAAAUGUAUUUAUUGUUGUUAAUGUUAUCUUCAUAUGUUGCCUUACAAAAAACACUUAUUUUUAGAGGAACAGUCACAUCCUGAGAAAUGUUGCGAUCAGUUGGUGCUGCCGGAUGUAUUUAUGAUGUUUGUAUAUUUUUAGAACUUUGUUUAGAAUCACUUUUGCAUUGACCAUUGAAAUGUUAAAAGUAAGAAAUGGCCUUGUUGCUUUAUCAGGAUAUGUGUGUGUAUGUGUAUGUUACCGUUGACAAUACUUGAAUACUGUGGCCUUUGCCAUCUUUGACUAUAGUUGUAUGUAUGUCGUGUUUAUAGAGAACAGGCUGGCACUGAUUGCACUGUUGCCAUUUGUCCUGAAAACUUGAACAUUUUGAUAAAAGACUCCCAAUUUCAUUGAAGUUACUUUGUACUAUUGAACAGCGUGCCCAUCUGUGUUGUUUGUCUCACUUUGUCCUUGGUUUCUGUAUUUAGUCUUCACUGUAAAGCGGCGCAUUUUUCCAUGUAACCCAACAAACUAGUCUGUUUGCAGCAGACAUUUAUAUUCCUGCUGAUGCAUAGCUGUGAUACUCGGCUACUUGCAGUAAGUUUGUGUUUCACGGUUGCUUUUUGAUAAACUUACAGUGACUGUAAAGAUCAAACCAGUUAACAGUCUGCUUUAGUCACAACUUCACAAAAUGUGUAAUUUGCUGAUGUGUCCAGAUGUCUGCUUCACAUUUUGUAUCUGAUGUCUGUCGGUUCUUUCCAAGCAUCACAUAGUGAAUUAUUGUCUGCCUAAAAUCAUUUUUUUCAUAUAGUGCAUUAGACCAA